AUGGGGUUGGAGAAGAUUGUGCUCACCUUGAGCAUCGUCGCCUGCCUUGUCUCGAUCUCUACGGCCAAACCAGGAAUUGCUACUUUCUACACAAACUAUGUUCCUUCAGCAUGCUACGGUAGCACCCAAGAGGGCGUGAUGAUUGCAGCAGCAGGGGACGCCAUAUGGAACAAUGGUGCAGCGUGUGGGAAAUAUGUCACUGUGAAAUGCACAGGUCCGAGGAAUCCAGUACCACAUCCUUGCACUGGUGAGAGCGUUAAAGUAAAAAUUGUGGAUCAUUGUCCAGGAUGCCCAUCAACUCUCGACCUUUCUAAAGAGGCUUUCACCAAAAUUGCCAACCCUGUUGCUGGAAUUAUUAACAUUGAUUAUUGGUAG